ACAAUUUUUUCUGGCUGCUUUUCACAUGUGUCUGUGGAGUGGAUCCCAUAACAACGAAAAAAUCAACCCAAAAUAUGUGUGCAUAUAUAAACAUAUAUAGUAUAAUGCUUCAUCUCGGAUUUCGAACUUUGAUAACGAAGAGAGUAGAAAGAUUUUUCUGAACUAAAGCGUGAAAUAUUAUCCAAAAAAAAAAAAACUAAAGCGUGAAACAAUGAAGUGGGUAUUCUUCUUCUCUGUGAGUCUAUGGCUUCUUUUGAUGGGAGUAGCUAUGGCAGCAACUUCAGAUACUUCCGAAUCCGAAAGAAAGCUCGAUCAGACGCCCACAUGGGCUGUGGCCGGCGUUUGUGCCGUUAUCAUCGUCAUAUCCAUAGCCUUGGAAAAAGUUCUUCAUAAGCUUGGAACGUGGUUUACAGAUAGGCACAAAAGAGCACUGUUUGAAGCCCUUGAGAAGGUUAAAGCUGAGUUGAUGAUUCUGGGUUUCAUUUCACUUAUCUUGACUUUUGGCCAGAGUUACAUUGCCAGAAUAUGUAUUCCAAUUAAAGUAGCGCAGACCAUGUUACCAUGUGCUCUUAAGAAAGUGGACAAAUCUGAUGAAGAAGAACAUCGGCGGAGACUUUUAUGGUUUGAGCACAGGGUUUUAUCUAUUGCUACCUCUGUUCCUCAAUGCAAAACUGGAAAUGAACCUCUUAUUUCUGUUGAAGGAUUGCAUCAAUUGCACAUCCUCAUAUUCUUCUUAGCGUGUUUUCAUGUGCUAUUCAGUGGUAUCACAAUGAUGCUUGGGAGGCUAAAGAUCCGUGGAUGGAAGAAAUGGGAGCUGGAAACCUUAACCCAUGACUACGAAUUUUCAACUGAUCCUUCAAGAUUCCGACUUACUCACGAGACAUCAUUUGUCCGAGCACAUACCAGCUUCUGGACCAGGAUUCCAAUCUUUUUCUAUAUUGGAUGCUUCUUUCGACAAUUUUUUAAGUCUGUUAGCAAGUCAGACUACUUGACAUUGCGCAAUGGAUUUAUCUCGGUGCAUUUGGCUCCUGGAAGUAAAUUUGACUUUCAAAAGUAUAUCAAGAGAUCCUUGGAAGAUGACUUCAAGUUAGUUGUUGGAGUGAGUCCUGUCUUAUGGGCAUCGUUUGUGAUCUUCUUGCUGCUGAACGUUGCAAAAUGGCAGGCAUUAUUUUGGGCAUCUUUUAUCCCUCUCAUUAUAAUCUUAGCUAUUGGAAUUGAACUUCAAUCCAUCUUGACAAAGAUGGCUGUUGAAAUCACUGAGAGGCAUGCAGUAGUCCAGGGAAUUCCUCUUGUGCAGGGAUCAGAUAAAUAUUUUUGGUUUGGUCGGCCCCAAUUGGUCCUUCAGUUAAUCCAUUUUGCUUUGUUUCAGAAUGCCUUUCAAAUAACAUAUUUCUUGUGGAUAUGGUAUUCAUUUGGAUUGAAUUCUUGCUUCCAUUAUAACUUCACGCUUGCAAUUAUUAAAGUUUCUAUUGGGGUUGGUGUCCUAUGUUUGUGCAGCUACAUUACACUUCCACUCUAUGCCCUUGUAACUCAGAUGGGUUCGGGAAUGAAGAGAUCCAUCUUUGAUGAACAAACAUCCAAGGCCCUUAAGAAGUGGCACAUGGCCGUGAAAAAGAAGCACGGAGGAAGAUCACCCAAGACCCCCACUGCUACCCUUGGUGGUGGAAGCUCAACUAUAUCCAAGGUGUAUUCCUCAGGGCACACACUACACCGAUUCAAAACGACUGGUCAUUCAACCCGCUCAAUGCCCUAUGAUGAUUCCGAGAUAUCUGAUAUUGAGUCUGAUAUGAUGUCUCCCACUGCGACAACAAGCUUGAUUGUAAGAGUGGAUCACGAGGACGAAAUGGAAAUGAAUGAACACCAUGCCAGAGAACAGGAAACCAGAAAUGAAGAUGACUUCUCAUUUGUAAAGCCUGCUCCACCAAAGUAACCACAAUGGUAGCUGGCUUGCCGUUAACUGCACAUAAAUUAUUGUAUUGCGUUUUUUUGCGAUGCGAAUUAUAUGUACUAGCUAAAUGCAGUAUAUUUGUACAUUAUCAGUAAUGAUUCUUUUUCCAUUUGCUUCCUAGGAUUUUUUUAGGCUUAGAGUUUCAGUUAGUAUAAUUUAUAUCCAUGUUUAGAUUUUGGUUGGUUUUGUAGGGCAUAUGAUGUUGAAGUCUACCUGAUUACUUCAAAUCUCAUGCUCUUUAUUUUUGAAAGUUUCUCUUGUGACAUGAUAAAUAGUAGAUUGUUGCUCAUCAUUAUAUACUAGGCUAAGCAUAUAGUAUCGAUCAUAUUCUUUAAUGAAGGCUGCCUUUUAUUAUC